UUUUCCCGCUUUUGGAACAAAAGGAGAGGUUUUUUAUUUUUUAUUUUUUAAAAUUACGUUGUUUAUCUUCUCUGGAAUAAGAGACCGGAGAUAGAUAAACAGACAAAAAGAGAAAGCCAACUGAGAGCAAUCGACCUCUGAAAUUAAGCUUUCGAUUCUGUACUAUCAAAUGCUAUAGUUAGCUUUCUGCUUCAAUCUACUAGUUUUGAGCAAUGGCUCUCGGCAGCUUGAUUUCUGGCCGGAAUUUCGGUUAUUUUAUUGGCUCAGGCAACGUUUGUCAAACAGAACCGACUAUUUCAUAUGACAAGGGAGAGCGAUCAGGCAUAGCUGCUAGAAAGUUUGCAAAUGGGGGCAUCUUUUAUAGAAACCUUCAUAGCCGAGCGGCCAUUGCUUUUAAUUCCAGAUUCUCACAUUCCCCAUUUAUACAAGUCACCAAUCAUUCAGGUGAAAAAGCUUCAAAAUCCUUAGCAACUCAUCCCCAUCAAAGGAGUCUAGGAAGAUGUGAGUGUUCUUCAUAUCCCUCUGUUGGUAAUUGCAGUCAGUUGAAUAGAAGGCAAUGGCAGCAUUUUGAGCAUGUCAAGUUAAAUAGAACCCGUGCUUACUAUAAAUCUGAGGAGUAUGACAUAACAGAAGCUGCUUUGGACUCACUGAAGUCAGCAGAGGGGUCAACCGAGGCUGUAUUAAUAGAAGGAAAUUUGCAACCUUGGUGGCAGCAGUUUCCAAAACGCUGGGUGAUUGUGCUGCUCUGUUUUAUGGCGUUUCUUUUAUGCAACAUGGACCGUGUAAACAUGAGUAUUGCAAUACUUCCAAUGUCACAAGAGUUCAACUGGAACAGUGCAACAGUUGGUUUAAUUCAGUCCUCAUUUUUCUGGGGCUACCUUAUGACUCAGAUUCUUGGAGGCAUUUGGGCAGAUAAAAUUGGUGGAAAGCUAGUAUUGGGUUUUGGAGUGGUCUGGUGGUCUAUAGCCACAGUUUUGACUCCUAUUGCAGCAAGAAUUGGACUCCCUUUUCUGCUGAUGAUGCGUGCUUUCAUGGGAAUUGGUGAGGGUGUUGCUAUGCCUGCCAUGAAUAACAUUCUUUCUAAGUGGAUUCCAGUGGCAGAGAGAAGUAGAUCCCUUGCCCUAGUUUACAGUGGCAUGUAUCUAGGUUCCGUCACAGGAUUGGCCAUCUCUCCCAUUCUAAUCCAUAAAUUUGGGUGGCCUUCUGUCUUUUAUUCAUUUGGCUCCCUUGGAAGUGUCUGGUUUGCUUUAUGGCUAAGAAAGGCAUAUAGUUCACCAAAGGAAGACCCAGAGCUCAGUGCACAGGAAAAAAUACUUAUCUUGCAUGGCAGCACGUCAAAGGAACCUGCUCAUGUCAUUCCAUGGAAAUUAAUAUUAACAAAAGCACCUGUUUGGGCGCUUAUUAUUUCUCACUUCUGCCAUAACUGGGGAACCUUUAUUCUGUUAACAUGGAUGCCUACAUACUACAAUCAGGUUUUGAAGUUUAACCUCACUGAAUCUGGGCUAUUCUGUGUCUUGCCAUGGUUGACCAUGGCUAUUUUUGCGAAUGUUGGAGGGUGGAUUGCUGAUACACUUGUGAGCAAAGGUCUUUCCAUAACCACUGUUCGAAAGAUCAUGCAAUCAAUUGGGUUUCUAGGACCAGCGUUUUUUCUUACUCAGCUGAGUCACGUUAGGACUCCUGCCAUGGCUGUACUGUGCAUGGCAUGCAGUCAGGGUUCUGAUGCAUUCUCUCAGUCUGGUCUAUAUUCCAAUCACCAAGAUAUUGGCCCCCGAUAUGCUGGAGUUCUCUUAGGACUAUCAAACACAGCGGGAGUGCUUGCUGGUGUCUUUGGUACUGCUGCAACUGGGUACAUUCUCCAAAGAGGUUCUUGGGAUGAUGUGUUUAAGGUGGCUGUUGUGUUAUACAUCAUAGGCACAUUAGUGUGGAACAUCUUUUCAACUGGAGAGAAAGUUCUUGACUAAGAUUGAAGUGCAAGAAUGGGGUGAGGAUGCUCUGCGCAAGGGAGAUUGUAGGUAGGGAGAUCCCAAAAUAGAGAACUGAAGUAAUACUGAAAAAAAUCUCCAAAAAAUAAAAUAAAAUCGCAUGUGCAGGAGGAAAAACCUUGCUGAAACAUUUAAGGCUAAGAUGCCACAGUCGAAGUUUUGCUGCCACCUGGGUUGGCUUUAAUAGACCUUUUUCAGUUACAUGUCAUUUUCUUUUCUUUUCUUUAUCAAGAAAAUGUCAUUUAUUUUCAA